UGCUGCCUUAAAAAUCGUAAUCGAUUUGUUCUUGUCGUUCACUAUGGAUGACGCUAAGCAAUCUCUUCUUUCACCUCGACUAGACGGCGAGGACAGCCGCCAUCAGGAGCGGUUACUUUCUAAACCCUCCUUCUCGUCGGCCACCUUCAACCCUGAUACCGAUGACAUCCUACCGAUCAACGGCGUCCGCGACUUCUUCAGAGAGUACAUGGUUGAAUCUAAGAAGCUCUGGUUCCUUGCUGGCCCCGCCAUCUUCACCACCAUUUGUCAAUUAUCACUCGGAGCCAUCACUCAAGUCUUUUCCGGACAAGUUGGCACCCUGGCUCUAGCCGCCGUCUCCGUCGAGAGUUCCGUCAUCGUCGGUUUCUCCUUCGGUGUCAUGGUAAAUCUGUAA